AUGCCACGAUCUAAAAGUGCACUGACACGUGACAGAAAAGGAAAUGAUGAUACGGGGCCAUCAUGUGAGAAUAAGGUGGGAGUUGUAACAGUAUCAAAGAGGGCCUUUGAGCAAUCACGGCGCCACGGUGGGUCUGCCAGCGUGGUGGACCCUUUAUUAGCGCUAUUAAAGACUCUGCACCGACUGGAAGAGUCUGUAUAUUGCGUGCUGGAGUCGCUUGGAGUGGGAGGUGAGGAGUUGAGAAGGUAUGGUUACAUAUACCAGGAGUCUGAAGAAUCAAAGGCGGCAGCGUGUGCCCCUGCAGAAGAUUUAUUGAUCGACACUCUUGAUCCUGUGGAUCGGUACAUCAUCGCACACAAACUACAAAGACAUGGUAGUUCUAGUCCAAAUAUCACAUCAUGUGGUGUAACUCAGGAGGCUCGGGUCGCAUGUGUGGAGGCCAUUCUUCGUUGGAUUGAUGGCAUUCUUCCUUUUGGAACAGUCCCUGAUGUGGCAUCCUCACGUGAGGAGUUGGUAUCGAGGCUCACCGCAUCAGGAGCAGAAACAAAAAAGACAAGAGAAGAUAUUCCAUCAGAGAAUUCUAAUGCCACAAUAUCACAACCUAGAAAAAAACGCGAACGGUCUGUAGACUCACCAGAAGCGAACGAGUUUUCUUUUUACCCCCAUUGGAAACACUAUGCCGAACAGUUACGAACAGCUUACCGGACAGAAGUAGCUACUGUUAAAGCAGUAUGUGCAACAGAUAUCAGCAAGGGUUUAAAACUUCAUGCAAAGUGGGUGGAGUCCAAAAAGGAUAAAUGUGCAGGUAUCACGACGCCUGCUGCUGCGGCUCUUCAAAAAAAUUAUGAGCAGCUGAUUUUUGCCAAGGAUGCUCUGGCAGAUUGUCAAAUGGGCGUAACAGAAAUAGUGUCUUCAUUAGAGAACGCGAUCGACGAAUACGCCGACCAGGUGCGAAACGUUGUUGAACGUGAGGAUACUUUCUGGCGCAAUGUAAGGCUUGCCGAGUGGGAGAGUAAAGCCUUGCUAGAAUUGAGUCGUCGCAUUAAAAAGUGUUGUUGA